AUGGGUUGGGGGGCUGGCUCUGGCUGGGGGGGAGGGGGAGCCCCGGAGCUUUUCUUUGCAGCAGCCUGCAACCCUCUGCUGGUGGGGAGCGCUUUUAGUGCCCCCUCCCCGGCGAGGUCUCCCCACCACCGGCUCUUUCCCCCUUGGGUUUGCCUGCAUAUCCCUACAUCCCUAACACCAGGCUUUUUUCUCUCUCCCUCCCUGUUUCUGGGUCUCAAGGUAUGGUUUAAAAACCGCCGAGCCAAGUGCCGGCAGCAGCAGCAGCAGCAGCAGAACGGGGGCCAGAACAAGGUACGGCCAGCUAAAAAGAAGAAUUCGCCAGCCCGGGAAGUGAGUUCGGAGAGCGGGACCAGCGGGCAGUUCACCCCCCCCUCCAGCACCUCAGUCCCCACCAUUUCCAGCAGCAGUGCCCCCGUAUCCAUCUGGAGCCCAGCGUCCAUCUCCCCGCUCUCAGACCCCCUGUCCACCUCUUCCUCCUGCAUGCAGAGAUCCUAUCCUAUGACCUACACCCAGGCAUCAGGCUACAGCCAAGGAUACGCUGGCUCGACCUCUUAUUUUGGAGGGAUGGACUGUGGAUCUUACUUGACCCCUAUGCACCACCAGCUUCCCGGACCGGGGGCCACCCUGAGUCCCAUGGGUGCCAACGCGGUCACCAGCCACCUCAACCAGUCUCCAGCCUCCCUCUCCACCCAGGGCUAUGGAGCCUCCAGUUUGGGCUUUAACUCCACCACCGAUUGCUUGGAUUAUAAAGACCAAACCGCCUCCUGGAAGUUAAACUUCAAUGCUGACUGCUUGGAUUAUAAGGACCAGACAUCGUCAUGGAAGUUCCAGGUUUUGUGAAGAACCUUUGUGAUAACGAGAGAAAUCGCGACGAGAACGAACAGGCUGGGCUGAACGCUCCAGUUUUAGUCAGGUCUUGGUUAAAUUAAAGAGAAAAAUAAUGGACAAACAAACGAACAAAAAAAACGACAGCAACAAGAGGGGGACAGUGUUGGUGUGAUCCCAUUCAGACUCAUCUCCUGCUCAGACGCUCUGGAAAAGGAAUAAUAAAGAGGAAAAACGGAGGAGGAAGGCCUUAAACGGACAGAUCAUCUAGUGAGCAGAAAACAGACAGACCCAUCUGUGUUCUUUCUAGUUUUAGGCAAUUGUUGGGUUUCUUUGUUUGGAAGAGGUGGGAGAUCGUCCCACCUACAGGCCAGUUUUAAAAAAAAAAAAAAAAAAAGUUAAAAAAAAAAGUCUAGGUUUUUAUUUCUUUUUUUGUGUGUGCGUGGAAAGAUCCUUCACCCAGAGGUUUCCAAUGUGUUAGCCAACCCUCGGUUAAAAUAUUCGGAAUGGACAACAUCUCUCUUUUUCUCCCUCCUUUUCUCCCUCCCUCUUUCUUUCUCUCUCGCUCUCGAGCUCAUCCAACUGUUUCAUGCCCAACUUGCUCAAGUUGGCACCCGGAGAACUUGGUUCAGGGCUAUGUGGGUUGUGUGACUGAUUGUCCUAGCUGCACUACUUUAUUUAAAGAUUAAAAAAAAAAAAGAUAAUGUUCAUAAGGAGUCAAUAUGUAGUUUUUAAGAGACAAUCAGUGUGUGUCUUAUAUAAAUGGUACAUCUGUGGUUUUUAAUCUGUGCUAGACUUCAAAACUGUGAUCUCCUGUAUUGUAUGCAACUAUGAACUCCGCACCAGCGGGAGUUCUGCUGUGAUUUAAAUAGGUUAUAAUUAUAAGUGAAAUUCAGAGCAACUGAGUUACCUAUUAUCAUCUUUUAAAAAAUAAU